UGUAGCCCUGUAUUUAGUAGAUCAAUAAUGGUCCAGCAGCAUCCCAGAACUCAGUUCAUACUGGGUAAAGAAGAGAGGGUGGUACAGUGAAGCCCUUGUAAUAAGGUUGUAGAGAAGCCUAAGAAAAACGAUAUUUCACAAGAAAGCAGUUGACAUCCAAUGCCUAUGAAGAAUAGUUCAAUUGGAAAAUUUAUAUGUCAAAGCUGUAAUGCGUGGACUAUUGCGUGUCCUCCAAAAUUUCGAAAAUGUGGAGAUUUGCUAUUUUCUUGUUGGGAACUUUAUCCCACAGCACUGUUAAAGAUAUUUGGUGUAAAAAUCUUUGUAUCAGGAGAUCAUAUUUCUCCUAACGAAUCAGCUAUACUUGUAAUGAAUCACAGAACACGAGUAGACUGGAACUUUUUAUGGGCUGCGAUGUAUCAAGCAUGUAUGCCUGAUAUAGCUUGUCAUAGAUUGAAAUUUAUUUUGAAAGAUCCAAUAAGACAUAUCCCAGGACCAGGAUGGAUAAUGCAAAUGAAUGGCUUCCUCUAUAUAACACGUCGUUGGGAAGAAGACAAAGGUCGACUAUUACGUACUCUGGACUAUGUGGUAGCAUUAAGAAGACGUACACAAUUACUUAUAUUCCCAGAGGGUACAGAUUUAACAAAAACUAGUAAAGAGAAGUCUGAUAAAUAUGCUUUACAACAUCAACUACCUCAAUAUACAUAUACAUUACAUCCAAAAACUACAGGAUUUAGUUAUCUAGUACAACACCUCCAGAAAGCAAAUUAUCUUGAUGCAGUAUAUGACUUAACAAUAGCUUAUCCUGAUUAUGUCCCACAAUCUGAAAUUGAUUUAAUUAGGGGUAAAUUACCACAUGAAGUACAUUUUUAUAUCAAACGAAUACCAUCUUCAGAUAUACCUACACAUGAAUUAAUGUUAAGGAAAUGGUUAGAAGAUAGAUGGUCUGACAAAGAAGAAAUAUUAAAAAAUUUUUAUGAAAAGAAAAGUUUUCCUACUGAAAUAUGGCCAACAGCAAAGAUGUUACCAUUACAAGCUGCAUUCAGCUUCUGGAGUAUAUUAACUGGUACGACAAUACUCUUAUUAAUUAUUUCUCCAAUAUUUCAACUGUGGGCAUUGGUGCAUGCUAUCUUUUUUAUUGGAUUAUCUUUAUUUACAACUGGAUUUAAUCAAAUUGAAAUGGCAUGGUAUUGGCGCUGGAAAGCAUAUCCUUUUUCUGCAAAACACAGUUAAUAACAAUGUUUAAUCAGAGUAAGUAACAAACUAAUUUAUGCUUUUCUGUCACUGUGAUAUUGGUAUAUCUAAGAUUUAGAUGUACAACUAUCAUAUUUUUAGAAAUGUUCCUUCCGUUGUACAUGUUAGAUUUUAAAGAAAUAAGUACUUAGAAAAUGUAUAUAUUUCCAAAUGGAUAAAAAAAAUACAUGAAAAUGCUAAAAAGUUAAAAA